AUGUCUGUCCAGCUUGAUCGAAUUGAAAAAUUGAAAUCUCUGGUUUCAACUCAUCAAAACUUUCCUAAACCUGGAGUUACUUUUCGGAAUAUAUUUCCUAUUCUACAAGAUCCCAGUGCGUUUACUGAUCUUAUCAAUCUUAUAGUUGAAGAAAUUAAAUCCAAGCCGCAACUUCCUGAUAUCAUUGUUGGCUUGGACGCUCGUGGAUUUUUGAUAGCUCCUAUUGUUGCUCUACGCCUGGGAAUUGCGUUCGUUCCGGUCAGAAAAGCAGGAAAAUUACCCGGCAAUGUCGAACAAGUUUCAUAUAAGUUAGAAUAUGGCGAAGAUACUUUAGAGAUUGAAACAGGCUCUAUCAAGCCAGAUCAAAACGUUGUCAUUGUUGAUGAUCUGAUCGCACUAGGAGGUACAGCCUCGGCUGCAUGCCGCCUAGUGCGAAAAAUGUCAGCCACAAUUUUAGAAUGUAUAUCGGUAAUAGAAUUGGUCGCAUUGAACGGUCGCCGUAAGAUUGAUGCCCCCGUGUUUUCAGUCUUACAAUAUUAG